UGUUGAUGUCCGUGAGGAGAAGAUUCAUUUUAAACCACACCAUUAUUGCGUGCAAUGACUCUUACUGAGUGUGUUAUUUGAGCCAUAAUGGCGGCGAACUGGGCCGAGAGGAUCUCUGCUUUCUCCCGCAGUCCGUCCCGCUUCCUCUCCGGGACAACAGCGGAGGCUUUCCUGGCAGAGCUGCUCCGUGAGCUCCGGGAUGACAGAGCCAGCUACAGCGUCAAGGUCCUCCUGCUGUCCCCGCUCUGCGAGCACCCGACCCUGCUGUGUCCCUCAGACUCUGUGGGAGAGGAGACAGCUCUGGAGCUCAUGUCUGUGUUCGCCCAGUGUCCUUCCAAAUCCGUCCAGUUUCAUUGCAGUCUCCUCCUGGCCAUCACAUCUGUCCUCAUCUGCACCUCCUGUGUGAGCAACCGCUCCCGUGCGUCUCAAGACUUUGUGGACCAGCUCCUCCAGUUAUCCCAGGACACCGGGGACCUCCAGGGUGACGGGGCUCUUCGUUCUCUUCGGGCCACGGCGUGCGACUGCCUGCGGGAGCUGGAGGCCUGCUGCCCCGGCCUUCUCUCGCAGCGCCUCGAGCUCUUGGGUGCGCUUCGGCUUAAAGAAACCUCCAGGAUCCACCAGGCCUACGCAGGACUCCACACUCUGGUGUUAAGAAACGCAGUGUAUCAGCUGGCACAGGAAACAGGAGCAGGUGCCGAUCAUCUUAAAGCUCUUCUGGGAGGAAAUACAUCAGUUGCAUGGGAAGCAGAGCAGGACUCAGACCUGAUGAAUAACAAGGACUCAUCCAUACUGUCUUCCCUCAUCCUGGGCCCCAUGGGUACAAUCCCCACUCUCCAGACUGGACCUGACUGCAAGGAGUUACGCUCGGUCCUGUCCUCCCUGCUGGAGGAGUCCUACCUCCUCACUCCUCAGUGUCAAGCUGCGCUGCUACAUAGACUGAUAGAGGUGGUCGCCAUGGUUCCCGGUGUCCCCCCUGCCAUAUUCAGAGCUCAGCUGCUGCGACUGCUGGGCACGAGCGAGGUCGGCCUCCUCCACAGCACUCUCCUGUUAAAGUGCGCGUUCACCGACAGCCUGUUCAGCGCCGAGGACGAAGCCUUCAUCCUCAAACGUCUGGUCGUCCUCUCCCAGCACCCUCUGCUCACCACGCCCGAAAAGCUUUUCUACACCGAUUGCCUCCUGCACUUUCCCGAGAACCGACCCAUCAGCUGCGGCGACGGCGACGAGUCCCUCCCCGUGCUGCUCACCCCCCAGCUGGCCUCCGCUCUGCUGCCCACCGUGUUCAACGACAGCGACACCAUGCUGUCCCGCCUGAACCUGCUGUGUCUGGUCUACCUGGAAGAGGAGGAGGAAGGGGAGGAGGAAGGCAAGGGGUUGUCCUACCUCUACGAACAUCUCACUGCACUGCUCCGCAUCGUGGAGAACGGCGGCAGCAGAGAGAUCGUCGUCACCUUCUUCAGAGCCGCCUUCCUCUUCCUCUUCUACUUCCGCCACGUGGAGCGCUUCUCAGGAGGCCUGACGGAGAAGCUGUGCGAGCUCUACCUCCGACACACCCGCCUGGCACCGCACCUCAUCAACCUGGCCGACCAGACCCAAGAGAGGCUCUCGGAGUCCACCUGGGCCGUCGGGUUCCUUCGAGCGCUGCAGAGGGUCAUCACGGAGGCCCCGCUCGCCAAGCUCACCAUUCAAGACCUCAGCCGGCACCUGAAGAUGCUGGCUCGAGUGGCGGAAGAAGGAGAGAUCCCUCAGCACUCCACCAUCAGCUUCCUCUCUAGCGUCAUCACCGCGUCUUCAUCGUCGUUAUGCGUGAGCGGUGAUUGGCGCCUAGGGAACAGCGUGUUAGGGGUUUGUCGGCGCUUGCUGGUUCACCCGACUCUUGACUCCCUACUCAACGCUCUUGCAGACAUCCUUCAGCACCUCGCCGGUCGCUACGGAGACACGGACAUCCAGGAUCAUGCCCGCCUCUACUACACCCUCCUCACCACUCUGUCUAAAGAGAAGCUGGCCGGAGUUUUGGCGCAGGGAGCGAGCGAAGGAGGGCGGCAGGUGGCGAAGAGGACUCUGUCGUGCAUCAUGUCGGAAAGCGAGGAGCUGACCGGGGUCCUGACGAUACACCAAACUGAGAAGCCGAUAGUCAAGUUGGUCGAGUUAGACGAUUCCGAGCUACAAGAAGAAAAACAGAUGGAUCGUGAAAGCGACUCAAGCACCAACGACACAUGUCCAGACGAGGCGAGCGCAGCAGUGAGAACCUACAGAGCUCAGUUCCACCACCCUGACUUCCCCUCUGAGAUCGUCUUACGCUACCGGCUAACCUACACCGAAGAUCACGACCCUCGAUUCGAUCAGCUCUUCAGCAUCCGCCUGCACUUCAACCUCACGGACGACCACUAUGAAGAGCUUGGCGACACCAGCGUGCCCUGUCUCUUCAGAGAGAGGACGCCGCCCGUGGUGAAGCUGAGGCUGAAACCAUGGCGGCCUUACCCCACCGUCCUCCACGCCAGCGCCAUCUUCACCACCCAGGACGGGCUUUCUUGCCACACGCUCCUCCCAGAUGUGCGCGUGUUGUUCCAGCAGACCUUCACGCCGCUACCCGCUCCCACAACUUGGGGAACCGGCGGCAAACUGAAGGUGUUCGAUGGACUGUGGGACGAAAUCUGCUCAGAGAGCGGGGAGGAUGGAGCCACCAGCCUGUUUUGCUGCCAGCUGGAGGAGGCGGCGCUGGAGGCCUUGGUGGAGAAACACUUCCUCCCCUACCUUAUAUCAGACCCGUCCCGCGAAGAAGAAGAACACAAAGUGCUUCUCUUCCUCCCCCCACGCUCUCACAUGCUGCUGAAGAUCAGGCGCGAGGAGGACGCCGUUCAUUUUGACAUUGCCACAGAUAACUGGCAGCUUCUGCCUCACGCCAACUCUUUCCUGGUGACUGUUACAUCCUCGCAGGAAGACAGAUAAACAUGACGCAUCUCACUAGCUUGUUUUUAAAAUGAAAGAAAUCGCUGACUUUUACCCAAAAAUAAUCUUCUGAUGUUUGUCAGCACUUUAAUAAUUCAAGUGUACUUUCAAAAUAAAAUGAUUGAAGACAGUUGAUUUAA